AUGUUGGGGCACAUCGCUUCCUCGUCCGCGGCGUUCCUCUUGCUCGUGGCCUCCUCCUCGUCGUCGCGGCGCUGGCGGAGCAGCUCACCGCGCUCUUUCGGUGCCGCCGGUACGCGGCUGCAUUGGGAACGGCGAGGGUUUUCUCGGGACGGAUCGGUGCCGUGCCGCCGUGUUUCAGCAGCAGCGGCAGUGGCUGGUGGUGAGGAGGGCGCGGGGAAGGCAAUAGCAGGGGAGGGCUCGAGGCAGGCAGCCUCUGGGCAGCGCGGCAAGCUCGAGGCUGCUGAAAAUGAGGAUGCUGUUUCACAAAAAUCAGUUGCAUCUGCACCCAGGCCAGAUAGUACCGUUGCAGAGCAACAUUGGGCAGCUGGGAGCAGAUCCGAAGUCGAUCCGUCAGCUCCUGUCUCGGCGGCGGCAUCAGGUUAUUGGAAAGACGUCGUUGUCGCUGAACAGGUUGGGGCUAAGGUUGAUGCCGGUGGAGAUGCAGCAAAAGUGUGGAGUUCUCCGGUUGACAGUGAGAACAUGGGGUCUGCUCCUUUGGCUGGCCCGAAUGUGAUGAAUGUCAUCGUUGUGGCUUCUGAAUGUGCUCCUUUCUGUAAAACAGGUGGGCUUGGAGAUGUUGUGGGUGCUUUGCCGAAGGCUCUGGCAAGAAGAGGGCAUCGUGUUAUGGUCGUGAUACCAAAAUAUGGAGAUUACGGAGAAGCUCGUGAUCUAGGUGUUCGCAAACGUUACAAGGUAGCUGGCCAGGAUUCAGAAGUGAGCUACUUUCAUUCUUAUAUCGAUGGAGUUGAUUUUGUGUUCUUAGAGGCCCCGCCCUUCCGCCACCGGCACAAUGAUAUUUAUGGAGGAGAAAGACCGGAUGUGCUGAAGCGCAUGAUUUUGUUCUGCAAGGCUGCUGUGGAGGUUCCUUGGUACGCUCCAUGCGGUGGUACUAUCUACGGUGAUGGCAAUUUAGUCUUCAUUGCAAACGAUUGGCAUACUGCACUUCUACCUGUUUAUCUGAAGGCGUAUUACCGAGACAAUGGCCUGAUGCAGUAUACUCGUUCUGUUCUCGUGAUCCAUAACAUUGCUCAUCAGGGACGUGGCCCUGUAGAUGACUUCAACAUCAUGGACUUGCCUGAGCACUACAUGGAUCACUUCAAACUGUAUGAUCCCCUUGGCGGCCAGCACAACAACGUGUUCGCUGCUGGCCUGAAGAUGGCAGACCGGGUGGUCACCGUCAGCCAUGGCUACAUGUGGGAGCUGAAGACGAUGGAAGGCGGCUGGGGCCUCCACGACAUAAUAAACCAGAACGACUGGAAGCUGGACGGCAUCGUGAACGGCAUCGACACGGCCGAGUGGAACCCCGCAGUCGACGUGCACCUGCACUCCGACGACUACACCAACUACACCCGAGACACGCUGGACAUCGGCAAGCGGCAGUGCAAGGCGGCCCUGCAGCGCGAGCUGGGCCUGCAGGUCCGCGACGACGUGCCGCUCAUCGGGUUCAUCGGGCGGCUGGACCACCAGAAGGGCGUGGACAUCAUCGCGGCGGCGAUGCCGUGGAUCGCGCAGCAGGACGUGCAGCUGGUGAUGCUGGGCACGGGGCGGCCGGACCUGGAGGACAUGCUGCGGCGGUUCGAGGGGGAGCACCGGGACAAGGUGCGCGGGUGGGUGGGGUUCUCGGUGCGGAUGGCGCACCGGAUCACGGCGGGCGCGGACGUGCUCCUCAUGCCGUCGCUGUUCGAGCCGUGCGGGCUGAACCAGCUGUACGCGAUGGCGUACGGGACCGUGCCCGUGGUGCACGCCGUCGGCGGGCUCCGGGACACGGUGGCGCCGUUCGACCCGUUCGGCGGCACCGGGCUGGGGUGGACGUUCGACCGCGCGGACGCCGGCAGGAUGAUCGACGCGCUCGGGCACUGCCUCAACACGUACUGGAACUACAAGGAGAGCUGGAGGGGCCUGCAGGUCCGCGGCAUGUCGCAGGACCUCAGCUGGGACCGCGCCGCCGAGCUCUACGAGAACGUCCUCGUCAAGGCCAAGUACCAGUGGUGA